CACGUGACAAAAACAUUACGCUUUGGUUUGGUUUGCUUUUCAUUUUGCUCUCAAAGAUAAGGGGAAAAUUAAUCUUUAGUAACUUUGUUUUGGUCUGAUUUUCUUGCUAAGAACAUGAAGUGGACCUUUAAGGACGAGCAUACGAAUGGUAAGGUUUAAGAAGUUGUUUAUUUUGUCAUUUUUUUGUUUUCGAGUGUCGUAAAUUACAAGCCAAUUUUGUGUUCCCUUGCAGAAGUGAGACGGGCUGAAUCAGCCAAAAUUCGUUCGAAAUAUCCUGAUAGAAUCCCGGUAAAUGUCAAAUUUUAUUUCCUUGUGAAAUUCCUUACUUCUUUCUUAGUGGUUUAAUCGAGUUUUAUCUUCUCUGCUCAAAAUAGGUCGUCGUAGAAAAAGCUCCCAAAUCAACAAUUCCUGAUAUCGACAAACGAAAAUUUCUUGUUCCUAACGACUUAACAGGUUGAAUUCUUUUAUGUAUAUCACACUAAUAAUGAUCUAAAUCUGCCCCAUAUUUUACUCAAACUUCUAGCUUUCUUUAGCCUUUGCCAACGCCACAAAUUUUGACAAGUUUUGUAUGUUUUUAGUCGCUCAAUUCAUGUACAUAAUCAGAAAGAGAAUUCAACUCGCUCCAGAAAAGGCUAUGUUUUUGUUCGUCAACAAAGUCCUGCCAACAACAAGGUAAAUAUAAAAUAUAUAAGUGCUAAACUCGUAUUUAAAGUAAUUUUACAUGUAAAUUUGUUACGCCUUUCAAUAAUACCCUUAUUGACUAAAGAUACGUUGUUUUUAAAGAGCAAAAUAGACGGGCAGAAGUCAAUGUAAAAAUAAAAGCAUUAUUUAUAUUUUGAUCCAAAAUUCCCAAUGUUUUCUAUUGCGGUUUUGAAUAUUUCAGCAUUGAUUCUGACUAAAAUUUUAGGUAGCUAGAUAUAAGAAUUGUAAUAAAUUUGAUAAAUAUCGCAUGAAAUGGAAAAUAGAGCGUAGAAAUCGUAUAAAAAACUCAUUCUAAGAAACGUUUUUAGCCGGAAGUAAACCACGGUGAAUGGAAAAUUGCGAAAUUUUUUAUUAAUAUUGCGAAAUAAUUUUGAAAUUUGAUAUAGAAUGUGUUUGUCAAUUUCGUUUAUGCUGUGAACUUUGUACAUAUGUUGGCUGCACCCAUUUUUUCCUGCAGGUGGAAUAUUAAAAUUAUUCAAGAUUGUAUAGUUUCGGUGGCAUAUGUUAAUGACCGAAACAGUCACAUAAAACCAGGUGUAGAUAUAGUUAUACUACUUUUUUACUGUUUGCGCGAACAAAUUCGCCUAGUGGAGAACGGGCUUAAGGCCUGUUUCAAACGACACGCUUCUCAUGUGCCGAAUGAAUCAUCCUAUCUUGGCAAACCGGGAUCGUGCAAAUAGCCCCUAAGAUAUGUUGCUGUAUGGCAAUUGAACAGAUCAAACUUAUAAAAACAUGAUCGAAUUUAACUGAAUUGUGUCCUUUUAUUUCUGUCCCAUGUUAAUUCUCAAAAAAACUUUUAUUCUUUAACCCCCUUUAAGUGGCAAUGUGCCCUACUUUAUUAUUUUCCUUUGUCUAAUGCCAGACUCAUCAAGAGGAGAGUGCUGCCACUCAAUGGGUUAAUUCUACUUAAAGCCAAACUUGUUUAUUCACGAAGAGUAGAGACAAGUUUGUCCAUUAAAUUAUUAAGGUUGAGCAAGCAUUGCAGUAAUAAAUUUACAUGGUGUUUCCACAAACAAAAAGUAUUAUAUGACCAAGCAUUGUUAGCCUAAAUUUGAUGAGACAUAAACAAUCACAAAAUGCCGGCAUUAUUUGUUACCAAAACUACAAAUGUUAUUUAUACAGAAACAUGUGACAUGUUCAUAUGACAGCAUGGUUCACGAAGAAAUUCUUUGGAAUAAAAAUCAUUGUUAGUAAACAAAUUGUAAGACCUUUGUCACUAGUGGUCAUUAACAGGUGCUAAUGAGAAUAAAGCAUCAUGAUUAGCCUUUAAUUACCUUCACCAUGUGCAACAUUUGGCUCAACUGACAUGUUAAAAGAGUUGCUUUUGGUCAUAGUUAAUAUAUAUGACAUGGUUUGGAAACCCUUUGUUUUAGGUGAUUGUGUACCUAAUGUGCAGGGGACCUCAUGGUUGGAAAAUCCUUUGUCUUUCUAUUGUUUGACAAUAGUCAGUUCAGUAAGCUUGGCGAAGGGAAUGGGUACCAAGUAUUUGUUUUGCCUACCAGGGCUAUAUCUUAUGGCAUAUUUUGCAAAUAACGAAGUAUUACCACCAUUUUUCGAUGGAGAAUUUUGUGUUACAUCGUUUGGUCAAUUCUCAUUGAUUAAUUAAAACCAAUAUGUGCAGGGUCAAACUGACUGUUCAACCUCCAUGUUUGUUUAUAGCAUAAUUUCUUUGAAGUUUGCCGGGUUUCCUAACCAGGUCUUAUAACAACCAUGUUUUGGUCAAGCUGUCAUCCAAUACACAAAUUCUUGUUAAUAACAGGAUGGACAAAAAACUUUCUCUUCUAUUCCCCAAACAACUUUUAUUAAAAAUGCUGUACAAUCUGAUCUGUGCAUGUGCCCAAAGGAGCCUCCUUUUUAUUAUACAAACAGUUUAUUUAGGAUUUUAUUCCAUUUUAUGUUCUUACAAAGCUUGAUUGUUCUGUCUUGAUAAUUUAUUAUACUCUAGAAUCAUGAAAAUAUAAAUAGUUGUCAAAAUUCAAUAUUUUGGAUUGGUACUGAAAUGCAAAAAGCGCCUUUGUUUAUAUAUGGACUGUACCGCAUCUUUAAUAUGACAAGGCAUAGUAAAAGUUACUGCUUCCCUGCCGGCUCAUGGUUUUGCUUGUCCCCUUUUCUGACAAUAUCUCCACUGAAGUUUUACCUUCAGUUGCUAUAUUUCAAGAGUAAAAAACUGGGGGAUGAGGAUGACAAAUAGACAUAAAUUUAUAGUAGAUUAUGUUAUGAAUGUCCAAAAGUGGCAAAGAUGUGUCUGCCACCAAUCCCCCUAGGGUCAACACCCUUGCUAUAUUCAGUGGCGCCGUGGGACCCAUGUUUUUGGGGGGCCAAGGGCAGUGCUUUUCCGACAAACCGAAAUUUUUUUCCAACAAACCAAAAAUUAUUCCGGAUGACAACAUUUUAAACUUCACCCACCCCCACCCUCCCCCCGUCGACAACAUUGACAAUUUUCCGACGGGUCGCAAACAGUAGGGGGGGGGGGCAUGUCCCCCCCCCCGGCCACAACACCACUGGCUAUAUUCAGACUUACGCAUCCUGUAUUUUUAUAAUUCAGUUCCACUAUGGGAGCAAUUUAUGAAGAACACAAAGACGAAGACGGAUUCUUGUACAUAGCAUACAGUGGUGAGAACACCUUUGGCCAGUGACACAACACUGUAAACUUCUUCAUUUUUGAACAUCUUUUGAGUGAGACUACGUAUAACAUUUUGGUAAUUGAUAGGACUAUGUUAAAAACAGUAUCACAGUUUUACAAAACCAAGACCUUGUAAAUAUGAUAUAACUUUUCUUGGUAAAAAUAUUCUAAUAUCCUGCACGAUAAAAAAUAAAUGUAGUAAUCGAUUUAUUUCUAUUUGGUUAUGUCUAACACACAAUACAUGUAUAUCAGGGAAGAGUUUCAAGAGUUCACUUGAAGUUUGCUUGGCCUUGGGUGAAAGUCAAUUUCAAGUUGACUCCGUAUUGUCAUGUUUUGAAUUUUAUUUCCGGUAAUUUAAUGUAAUUUUCAUAGAAUUGUGCUGUGUUGAAUUUGUAUUAUAUAAAUGGUAGAAACUGUAUAUCU